CUGUAUACUGACAUUGAGAUCCAGGCAUACGCUGCGUCUGCAUCUUUCGUAUACUCCGCGAAGAUUACCGGGAAGCUCUUGGCCUCACUCAACCCUAAGCCAACCGACAAAGUUCUAGAUGUGGGCUGCGGUGAUGGCAAAUUCACAUCAAACUACCUCCCGGCCAUUGGUUCCGUGUUGGGUAUUGACUCGUCAGGAUCGAUGAUUGAAUCUGCCAACAAAGACUACGCAAGCCCCAAGGCCAGCUUCCGCGUUGUAGACUGCCGAUACCUGGAGAAAGAAACGUCCAUUGUGGAUGGGUCGUGGGAUAAAGUAAUCUCCAAUGCAGCACUCCACUGGAUCCUACGGGAUGAAAACACACGAAUGUCGACACUUCGUGCAAUCCAUGGUUGCUUGAAGCCGGGUGGAACGUAUGUGUUCGAGAUGGGUGGGCAUGGCAAUGUUGCAGAGGUCAAGGCAGCUCUACUGUUUGCACUUGUUCAGGAAGGCAUCUCGAUCGAAAAAGCCCGAGAAACGAGCCCUUGGUUUUUCCCAUCGGAUACCUGGAUGCGAAACGCUUUGGAAGAAGUUGGAUUCCAAGUGGAGAAUGCUGAGCUCGAGUAUCGCCCAACAAAACUCACAAGUGAUGCCAAGGGCGGGUUGGAAGGUUGGGUGAGGCUUAUGGGUGCUCAGUUCCUCGAAGCUCUGCCAGAGGAAAAACAAGAUACUGUCGUCAAGCAGAUUUGUGAUGUCCUUCAGACUGUGGUGACCCGCGUCGAGGAUGGAAGUCAGUGGUUGGGCUAUGUACGCCUCAGAGGAAUUGCGAAGAAAAUUUAA